AAUGCUUUCGGCGGCGUGUUUAUUCUACAGGUCUCUCAGUUUCAGCGUCAUUCAGUCCUAACUGGGAUCUGUGAAGGCAGAGUGCGACUUUAACAAGAAGCCCUCUAUUUACUUCAGGAAGCCAAAUUUAAUUACAUCAUUUACAUUAAAUAUACAAAGUUACUGUUGUACAGAGCAGACGGAGAAACAGCAGCCAAAUGGAUCAGCUGGACUUUAUAACUCAUGAGGAGUUGGUUGUUUUUUUUCGCCGCAAGAAGACGGAGAUCUCUUGUAUGGAGGAACCACACAUCUUCCUCAUGCAGCUCCGAGACCAUGACCUGGUACCUGAGGAUCUCUACAAGGAGGUAAUAAAGAGGAAAAGUAAGAAGACAAUACAGGACGGUGUGUAUAAGAUUUUGGACUGGGUGGAGAAAAAGGGAGGAGAUCAUGUGAAAGAAUUUUGGAAGUGUGUGUUUCAGCACCACAUCCAGCAGGAAUACCCUGUUUUCCGCACACUGCUAAGGAACCUCCAGGAUGGUUCCUUUAAGAAAUGUGUAAAGCUUUCCGAUACAGAGAAACCAAGAAAGAGAAAGGGAUAUGAUGAAGAGAUAAAGGAAGAGGAACCAGGCCCUUCAUCAGGAUCCAGCCAGAAGAAAGCAGCCAAGGAGCCCACGUUCUCCUCGCUGCACAGGAGACAAAAGAUUCCUGUUACCUGUGGAGAAAAAAAAGGCUUGCCAGAGCAGGAUCAUGAUAAUGAUGAUGUGUGCUACAUCUGUAACACUUGGGGAAAUCUGGUCUGCUGUGACGGGUGUCCACGAGCCUUUCACCGUGACUGCCACUUACCAACUCUACAGGAAGAUGAAACUGAGGGUACGUGGAAGUGCAGUUUCUGUGUGCUAAAAACUAACCAGGGACUGCGGAUUCCACCGAAUCAUUCAGAGGCUCUGCGAAAACCAUGGCUGAGUUCGUGAAUGACAUCAUUCUCAUUUUCAACAACUGCAAGAUAUUUAACAAGGAUAAUGAGUUUGGCAAGAUGGGAGCCAGACUGAGCAAGAUGUUUGUAGAAGAUCUUCACACUGUCUUCAAUAUCCAGUAGUGUCUUUAAAAUUCAGUACUGUCUUUAAUAUCCAGUAGUGUCUUUAAUAUCCAGUAGUGUCUUUAAAAAUUCAGUAGUGUCUUUAAAAAUUCUGUAGUGUCUUUAAUAUCCAGUAGUGUCUUUAAAAAUUCUGUAUUGUCUUUAAAAAUUCAGUAGUGUCUUUAAAAAUUUAGUAGUGUCUUUAAAAAUUCUGUAGUGUCUUUAAUAUCCAGUAGUGUCUUUAAAAAUUCUGUAUUGUCUUUAAAAAUUCAGUAGUGUCUUUAAAAAUUCUGUAGUGUCUUUAAUAUCCAGUAGUGUCUUUAAAAAUUCUGUAGUGUCUUUAAUAUCCAGUAGUGUCUUUAAAAAUUCUGUAUUGUCUUUAAAAAUUCAGUAGUGUCUUUAAAAAUUCAGUAGUGUCUUUAAUAUCCAGUAGUGUCUUUAAAAAUUCUGUAGUGUCUUUAAUAUCCAGUAGUGUCUUUAAAAAUUCUGUAUUGUCUUUAAAAAUUCAGUAGCAUCUAUAAUAUCCAGUGGUUUUGGUCUUUGGCGGCUAAAAUCACCCAUUGUUUCUACAUUUUAAAGUUAAGUCUUCACCAUAGAAUCUUAUUGUUCACAAAGCAUAGUUAGUGUCUAACUUUUAGAGUGAAUUGAUCAGCUUCUAUAAUUCUUGUUGAACAUUUUAGUCAUUUUAGAGCUAGCAUCCUACUGAAUUUGUGCCCGAUGUCUCUCACUAAGUGUGUUCCUAAAAAUGAAAGCGUGUUGUAAUAUAAUAUUAUAAAUUCUUAAUCUAUGUCAAUUCAAGUGAAAUGUCUAAAUACUAUUUUCUUUUGGAUCUAGCAUUUUCUUUGUAGUAAUGUACUAACAUUGAUGUCCAUAGAACUUUUAAAGAUGGAAAUUAAAGCUGACAUUUUUUCCUUUUUUCUUUGUUAGCCCAUGGUCAGAUGUGUAUGACUCUGCAAUAAUCAUAUCUAAAAAUAAACUCUUUGUUUCUUAA